UACCCCCACGCAGAGGGUUCCUUGCAGGCUAUAUAGAAGACCCCUCACCGAAUAACAUCUUCAGAACUCAGAGUCAGUGUCACGGAAAUCUACCUGCACUUAACAAAAAUGGAAUACAAUAAAUUUGUAGCACUGUGUUUGGUUGCUCUUGCAAUUGGGCAAGCUGCAUCAUUGCCCCAGCAUCCGGUUUACAACCCUGAAGAGCACUCGCCCCAGGUGAGGGAGGAAAGAAAAUUCGCGGAGAAGCCCAAUGUCAUGAAGAAAGUUGGGCUUGAUGACAUCGACGAUAUUGGAUCCAAUUCAAUUCAGGAGGGUGGAGUAACUAGUUUUUCAUGGUCGAAUAUGCUGGGUAUGCUGAUGCAGAUGCUUCUCGGUCCAACUGCAGGGAUCACCAGCCCGAGCAAGAAUGAUAUCGAUGACGGAGGUGCACCAACCAGCCCAUGGUCUAAUCUAUUGGCCAUGGGUCUACGGGUUAUCACUGUUAUCCUUGGGGGUCCCCAGGGGCCCGAUGGCGUCGACAAAGUCGAUAAUGCCCAGAGCAGUCCCAUGCAGGAAGUAUUGACCAUGGUGCUAGGGGCAUUCCUGGGACAGGGAAGAAAUCCCGACCAAGUAUCGACAAUGGCUAAACAAGCUUCUGAGUUCAUCAACCUUGUCAUGAACCUGUUGGAAGCCCUGAAGACAUCCUUCUCCCAUCGCUCAUUCAACGCACGUUCUCUUGGAAAACGCGAUUCAGUGUCUGAGGCAGGUGUUGCUUCCAUAAUUAUGCUCAAGGGAUAUAUGCGAUCGAUGAAAGCAUAUAGCAAUGGUGGAAAGAACGAGGAUGAUGAACAACGUGGAUGUGCAGAACGUAUCAUCUGUGAAGCCAGUGCUGAGUGUGCAGCUGAUAGCCCGAAAACGUCCUUACUCUUCUGUCAAUUAGGAUCAUACGCAGCCAGCUGGUACCUUCAAGGCCAGGGUGGAGUCCACCUGGAGGCUCUGUAUGAUGCUGCACGUCGAGGACGCAGCGGUGAAAACUGCAGAACUCUCUUCGUAAAUUGUAACGCAGUUUGAGCAUCACGAGCCCUAUCACUACUUCACGAGGAAUAUCGAAAUUAAUCUCAUCCACGAUGCAGAGAAAUAUUUAUUCGAACUUAUCGUUGCCUAAAGAGAAGUUGUAAUAAGAAUAAUCGGUCGUCAAAUCGAAAUUCAAAUUAAUCGAUCAAGAAGAUGAAAAAUUCAAGGAUUUCACAUGGACGUAGACUGAGAAACUCUCGAGGCUUGGUUGGAUUUCAAUGCAACUGUUUAACUAGUUCAACUCAGCCUCGACCAAUCGAUAAACUAUUCGAUAUUUAUUUAUAUUUAUUACUGUGAAAUGAUUGCGCGAGUGCAUGAGACAGAAUGAGAAAAUUGUCGUAAUUUUUUACAACUCCAUUGAAACAUCUGGAAGCGUUAAUUUUGUCUCGACACCGAUUCGCGUGGUAUUAAUUAAUCUGUAGCUAGUUUUUUGUAUGAACUCGGAGGAUAAUUUUUAUGGGAGGAAGACGAGCUUAGAACUGAUGGCUUCAAAUGUGGAUCGGUGCAGAGAGAAUUGUCACCCUCGAGUGGAAAGAUGGAAAAAAAUCAUCAUUAAAACAGUAGUUUUGACACUCUGAGGAUUUGUCAUGCCCUCCCAGCUAUUUAUUUCAUACGUUAGCCAUCUCAGGACGUUUCCGCUUCACACACCCUAAAUUUUAUUAUUUCUGUAUAUAUUUAUUUCACAGUAUCGCAAAUUUUUUUUUUGUUAGGACACACGUGAAUACUUUAGUAGUAAGUUGUAUGUUCGUGUAGUAUGACUGUAUCCACUUAUUUUAAUAAAUAAUUGAAUAAAAA